UCUAAAUGCGAUUGUACUCUUCUGACUCACGAUUUUCCACCCCUCAUUUUAAUCCCUCAUUAUUAUUAGUGAGCCUCAAUUUUUCACCACCAAAUAAGGAGAAAUGCACUGAAAAACACUUCUGUGGUGCUUUCUAGCCUCUAGCUGAUCAUAAAUAACAUUAUGCCACGUAGUAGUUCUGCACACUGUACAGCACCUGAUCUUGAGCAAUACUUUGAGGAGUGCAUUGACUGCCUGAAGCCAGAGUUUCUGAAGUUAUGAUCCCUUUUAUUUUCUUACCUGGAGAUUAUUUUCACCCAGGCAUGCCAAUGCAAAACUAAGAAUUUGCUGAUUGUUGACAGGAUUUCUAUGAAAGCGCUAUCUAAGCCAAAUUACUCUCAUUCAAAAACAGUUGAUAUUUGUAUUGUUGCAUGGUAUGGGAUUACAGCAGUUUAACAACAGGGAGACUAGGAACAGUAUUUUUAACAAGAAAAGUUGUUUUUAUUGAAGGUAAGGUUUGGAUUUCGCCUGUACCAACGAGCAAACAUUUCAAACUUAAAAUAUUUUAAAAGCAUUUUGUGUACUAGACAAGAUAAAUUACCCCCAAAAAGGUAGAAAAGGGAGAGUCAUUUUAAAACAUAAACUAAAAACUGUAUUAAGACAAAGCGAAUGUGACAUAAACUGACAAGAAAAACGCACACCAGCAAACGCAGAAGAGUUUUUGGAGAAAUUGCAAUGAUUUAGAAAAAGCUUAAUUAUUAUCAAACGAUGUUUUUGGUUUUGUGGAGCUUAAGCAAAACGAUCAUCAUUGUUACAAGAAAUUAAAUAAAAUCAAACGACAUUUACAGUGUGUCUGUGUUUUCACAUAAAUUAACUUCACAAAGUCUGGGACCAAUGACGGCUGAACAAUUGCCAAAAUCUAAAGACAUAUAGCAUACACUUCGAAAACAGGUCCGGUUGAGAACAAUGUGGCUGCGUGAGAAAAGCCAUGAGCAUAAAAACCAUAAACUUCCCUGGAGCUUAACUGAGAGGUAGGCGUACUCUAGAUUAUUAUUAUUAUGUUCAGUUGCUUUAGGACAACUCCCAGGUUAAUUUAAAGUGAAAAUGAAUGAUAACCCAACAUGAACAGCAUACAAACAAACCUGUUUCUGUAUCUGUCUGAACUUCCUUGACUUGAAUUUAUGUUUCUAACAUAAAUGCACUAUCAUACGUUUGUGAUUACCAGUUCAGAACAUCAUAAGUAGCAGAAAUUCUCCACAUUCGAUACAGAAUCUGAGAAGUAUUGUUUUAAAAAUACAGACAAUCAAUAUACAGGUAUAUGGCCUUAACAGAUUUUAGGAAACAAGCCCAGAUUACUGAAAAUGCAAAAAUAUAGAUAAAGAUUUCUCAUAACAAACCAUUAACUAUUCAAAUGAGAUAAUCUAGCAGGAAGAAUCCCCUUUCUACUAUGCCAACUGGAAAUGUUUCAUACCAAACUAAGAUGUUUUUGUGGUUUCUUACCGAGUCACUGCAAAGAUCCAAACUUUGUGGGUUGGACCACAAAGCACUAUAUAUCAAGUAGCCUCUGCAACAGACACUCCCAUCAGAGAGGAAAGGAAUUAGCGAGAAGCAUGAUGAGGAGCCUUUCCCCGCUUCUGUUGGUUGCAUUAACUGUCUUUGGAGGAAGUACUGAGGGCAGUGAGCGCCAUAAACAAGCUAAACAGGAAUCAUUGUCACGUUCCAAAAGAAGAUGGGUCCUGUCUACCAUAGAACUAGAAGAGGAAAUGGACGUUAAAUACCCGUACAAAAUUUCUACGAUGCACAAUCUUAAGACAGUAGAGCAAGAAUACGAGUUUGAAAUAAAAGGAGACGGUGUGAACGAAGGACUGUUCAGCAUUAAUAAAACAAGUGGAGAAGUCUACGUACAUAGGCGCCUCGACAGGGAAAAGAAGAGCUCCUAUCAYAUCACAUUUGAUAUCCUGGACAAAAGAACAAGGGAAAGAAUUGACAGAGAUCUAUCUUUUGAUGUGGAUGUAAAAGACAUAAACGACAACGUACCGCAGUUCCCUAAAGACUUUCAGAAAAGUUACGAUGUGAAGGAAAAUACGAAAGAAGUGCCAGUGUCCAUUAACGUUGCAGACGAGGAUCAGCCAGGCACAAUCAACUCAWCAGUCGUGGUCACUGUGGCUAAACAAAGCCCAGCUGAACCAAAGAUUGGAGUAAAGAAAMWUAMUGACAGAGUACAUCAACUCGUAACUGAAGGAUGCUUUGACUAUGAUAAAGAAAAACAGUACUCAAUUGUUAUUAUUGCAUCAGAUCUUGGAAAGYCGCCCCUUUCCAGUACUGUGACUGUUACACUCAAUGUUAUUGACACAAACACUCAUCCACCACAGUUUAAGAAGAGACAGUAUGAAGCUGAGGCUGUGGAAAUGCAAACCCCUGAUGAUAUUUUAAGAGUUGCAGUAGAGGACAAGGACACUCCCAACACUGACGGCUGGCGAGCCAAGUACUACUUUAUCAGUGGCAAUGAAGAUGGAAUCUACAAAAUUACCACUGACCCUAAAACAAAUGAAGGGAUCAUUGGUGUUGUCAAGGCGAAGAAUUUUGACAUAACCACCUUGGUAAAACUGCAAAUCGGAGUUGAGAAUGUUGAAGCUUUAACAGUCUGUAAAGAUGGAAAAUUAAUUAAAGAUUUAAGAAGCCUUCCACCAAAAGAUUCUGUCAGCAUCACAGUGAAAAUGGUUGACACUAAUGACCCUCCGGUGUUUGAAAACUUGACAGCUGAGGUAUACCAGACAGAGGAAUCAGAGAAAGGACAGGUGCUGUAUACUCCUAAGGUUAACGAUGACUCCCCUAACAUCAGGUUUGAAAAGUUAGAAGACCCUGCUAAUUGGGUGACUAUUGAUGAAAAAACAGGAACAAUCACAACAAUUGAGAAGAUGGAUAGAGAAUCACCCCAUGUGGAUCAGAACAGUACUUACAGAAUUGUUGUUGCUGCCAUAGAUGAUGGUUCACCUCCAGCCACAAGUACAUGCACAGUCACCUUCCACCUCAGGGAUGUCAAUGAUAACGCUCCUAUGCUGCUCAACAAGACUUUUGUUUUGUGUUCAAACCAUGCUGACAAGGUCAUAGUGCAUGCUAAAGAUGCCGAUGCUGAACCAUACGGUGGCCCCUUCAGUUUCUCCUUUGCAGAUGGUAAAACUGUGAACGAACGCUGGAAAAUAGAUCCUACCUACGGUGAAGAGGUUGGCAUUGUUUUGCUGAAGAAAUCUGACUACGGUAAAUACUCUGUGACAAUACGGAUUCAGGACAAACAGAGUCAAGCUAAGGAGGAGCAAUUAGACAUUGAGGUGUGCCAGUGUGACGAAAGCAGUGUUUGCCCAAAGAUCUUGUCAGUUGGCCUUGGUGACCCAGUCAUAGGAAUAAUUUGUGCAGGACUGCUUUCACUUCUAUUGUUGCUCCUUCUUUUGAAUUGCAAUCAACAAAAAAAUACAUUCCGUGUAAACAGUGAAGAAUACAUUCAGACACUGAUAAAGUACAAUGAAGAAGGACCGGGCACUGAUUGCAAGGUAAGUUGUGGAGUGACUGUGCUGACUACUGAGAGACCGCCAAUAUCAGAUCUCUGGACUGUCCUCGUCAAAUGUUUAACAUUUGACAUUUUAGCAUCAAAAACUCUUAAAAUAUAUGCACGUAAAUAAACUGGAUUGACAUAAAUUGGGUUCAUUAUACAUUUCAAGUCAAUUUAAGUGUUGCAAUGUGUAAUACUAUGUCAAUAACAACAUGUAUAUCUUUUUCAAUUUAGUCCAAAAUUAGCUUAGCUACUUAGCUGGAAAUGUCA